UUCACUCUACACACUUUCCUAAUUAGUCCCAACUCCAUUCACAUCGGCCGGUUCCGAUUAGGCCAUUCUCUCCGGUUAGUCAGCGUUCAGAUUCACAGGAAGUGAUGACCACUGAAUCAGACACAAAACGCAAAAAAUACGCAGAGGUUGACAGGAUCAGCAAUCUACCGGACUUACUUCUCUGCCACAUCCUUUCAUUUCUCCCAACCAAACAAUCCGUCGCCACGACAAUAUUGUCAACUAGGUGGAAGCCGCUCUGGACUAUGGUUCCUGUUCUUGAUUUUGAAGACAUCAAAAGACAGAACCAAGACGAUGUUGCUGAGUCUAAUGAUGGUAUGACCUUCACACAUUUUGUAUGGAGAGUUUAUGCUCUCCGCAAACCCAUACAUGUGAAGAAAUUAAAACUCCAAUUCCACAACCGUUCUGUUGUGGAUCCAAUCUAUGUCCGUACAUGGAUUUCUUAUGCAAUAGGGCAUCACCUCGAAGAACUCAGACUCUACCUCUUAGGUAAUCUUAGCCAACCAAUUGAGUUGCCUCAAAGUUUUUAUAAUUCCGAGUCACUGAAGGUUUUGAGACUGGAUGGUGAAGUCCUUCUCAAUUGUCCUUCAUUCGUUCAUUUUCCGAAUCUCAAGCAUCUUUUUCUUGGAUUUGGAAUCAAGUAUGCAAAUGAUGACUGUUUUCGUAGGCUCAUAAGUUGUUCUUCUCACUUAAAAAACUUGUUUGUCUUCAGUGAUCCCAAAGAUAAGAAUGUUAGAUUCAAGCUUGAUAUAAAUGCACCCAUUCUUAAGUAUCUUUUUCUCUGGGGUCGAGAUUGCCAAGAUUAUUUGCUUGAAAACGUGACUAAUGUUGUUAAAGCGUACAUUUAUUUACUUGGACACCGGCAAAAUGAUGAGCAUGAAAAUUACGGUCACUGCAUACUCAAGCUUCUCAGAGCGAUCCCUAAUGUUCAAACUUUGACAUUGCAUUUCACCAAGGGUCUUAGCUUUGCUUUUACAUAUGAUAUUCCAAAAUUUAAUAAUCUGAGAUUGUUGGAACUUAGAGUUAGUUGCUGCGAAUGGCAGCUACUACCAAAAUUCCUCGAAAGUGCUCCUAAUCUUGAGAAUCUUUUUCUUAAAAAGGUAAAUACUGAAGGACCACAUGAGUCAUGCUGGACAGAGCCACCACAUGUUCCUAAAUGUCUAACAUCACACCUUCAGAGUUUUUAUUUUUUAGGAUUUAGAAGCUUGGAUCAUGAGCUGGAACUCGUAAAAUAUAUUCUAAACAAUGCGAAAGUCUUGAAAACAAUGGGAAUACAAACUGGCUUAUCGGAUUUUGAGGAAAACUUUCUUAUUCUCAAGAAGUUGCCAGAGUUUCCAAGGUGCUCUUUGACAUGUCGACUUGAAUUUUCAACAGUAUACCCUCCCUCUCUUUCUCUCUCUCUUACUGUAUCUGACUCUAGUCAACCAUCUUUAUUAUUGGGAUCUUCUAAGGAAACAAUGGCACAAUAUCCUCCAAGCAAUCGCUCCCCUGAUACCAAAUCUGGACUUUGACAACCACCAUUACUAUUAGAGCUCUCGGAGGAAUAAUCACUCUC